AUUUAAUCUGUAAUCACAAAGAAAAGGGUAAUAAUAUGGCAGAAGAACAUGGAUUUCAAGCUCCCGAAGGUCACCGUUUAUGUGCAAAUAACUGCGGUUUUUUUGGGAGCUCUGCAACCCAAAAUCUUUGUUCCAAAUGCUACGGAGACUUCUGCCUGAAAGAAGAUCAGAAAAAGUCUGUAAAGACCGCAGUAGAGAAUUCUCUCUCUGUAUCAGCCUCCUCCGCUGUAUCAUCGGUUGCGCCACCGUAUUNUCCCGAAGGUCACCGUUUAUGUGCAAAUAACUGCGGUUUUUUUGGGAGCUCUGCAACUCAAAAUCUUUGUUCCAAAUGCUACGGAGACUUCUGCCUGAAAGAAGAUCAGAAAAAGUCUGUAAAGACCGCAGUAGAGAAUUCUCUCUCUGUAUCAGCCUCCUCCGCUGUAUCAUCGGUUGCGCCACCGUAUUCAUCGCCGGUGUCGUUGCAGAAAGCUGCCGGUGAUGGGCUGGUUUCGGCGGCGGAGGAGGUGGUGGUUGUGCAACCGGUGGCGGCGCAGUUGAACCGGUGCUCGGCGUGCAGGAAAAGGGUCGGGUUGACAGGGUUUAGGUGCAGGUGUGGGACCACGUUUUGUGGGACCCAUAGGCACCCAGAGCUUCAUGGGUGUACGUUUGAUUUCAAGGCCAUAGGGAGAGAGGCCAUAGAAAAGGCUAAUCCUGUGGUCAAAGCAGAGAAGUUGGAGAAGAUAUGA